AAGUGUCUUAUUGCAUACUCUAACGUUUGUACGUAAUCUAAUGGCGUAUUGCGACGUGUAAUUAAUAAUGCCAGAUAAAUAGCACUAGAAUCUUUAAACUAUUUUAAUUUAUAAAAGAGCUACAUUAAUUCGUAAGAUGUUUUUUCCAUCACUACAUUAACGAAUGUUAAGUAUAUGUAAGUUGAAAUUACGUGUCACAGCGAAAGAACGAAGUCAAUCUCAGUGGUCAACAAUAUAAGUUCGCGAUUAAAAGCGUAGGAUUGCAUUUUAAAUAACUUCGAAAGAUUAUUGCUUAAAACAUGUCAUCAGUUGUGGAAAUAAUAAAUCAUUAUCAAAAAAGCAUCGAAAAAUCAUUAAGUGAUAAAGCAAGGUUAUUGCACUGCAUAAGCAAGUUGUAUCGACUACCGGUCUCGGUGCAGCACUUACAAGAAACAGGAGUAGGCCGUACGGUGAACGGCCUGCGCAAAUACGAUGGUGAAGUAGGUGUGGCGGCCAAAGCUCUGGUCACUAAAUGGAAGACAAUGGUCGCAGAUGAAGAGUCCGACGAAGGUGUAGAAACGCAAAACGAAUGUCAUGAGACUAAUGAUUCAAGCCGUGGUGACGAUGAUGAUAAUAAUUGCGAAGAAGAAGCUCGAAACGACGAACCACAGCUCGAUGUGGAUGAUCAAAAUAAUCAACACAGUGAAAUUGACGAGAUAUAUCUCGAAAAGGCUUCAGACGAGCGAUGCAUACAAAUGAAUGAGCAUGACAGUAGUAAAUAUAGUGCUUCGGACGGGUACCGAACCCAACGAGUCGCUCUCAUGCGAGAAUCUAUAAAUGAACAACAGGAAAGUUCGCACACUCAAUAUAAAACCGAGAGCAAUCGUAGUCGUUCAUCCUCGAAAGACUCUCAAUCCCGGAACAGAAAUAGGCCAGAAAGCAAACGAGAAGAAUACCAUAGUAGUAAAAACUGUUCACCUUCCUCGAAAAGAUUGCCUGAACAAAUAGAGAAUGAGAAAAUGGUAAAACACAGGAGUAGAGACAGUAAUAGCAAUAGAAGUGAUUCUAGUCAGACAUGUGGAAAGGAGGACUAUCACGGCAGGAGUAAGGAACAUAGCAAAUUCAGUUCUAAGCAUCACUCUUCGACAUCUAAGGUCACAUCAAGCGUAGAAAAUGGGAAGCGUCAGAGAACUUUGGAUACGACUGAUGAAUGUAAACCUAAAAAACAUAAAAAAGAAACCAGUGAAAAACUUAUAUCUAGUAGUAGCCAACAUAGAUCUAAUAGUAGUAAAUCCUGUUCGAGUAGCAGACGAGAAAAAGAAAAAGUAAAACGAUCUUCAGAGAAAAGGAAAGAACGUUCGUCGGACGAAGACGAUGAUGGUUUAGACGGAGCUGGAGGAGCAAGCUUUGCCGAUGCGUUGGCAAUGAUUGGGAUGCCUUCGUCUUCUAAGAGAAAAUCAACCACGAGAGCAAAUGUUGAGAAACCAAAAAAUACAUCUGCUAGUAUGCCACCACCAGCAACAAAAAGCAACAAAGAGAAACAACAGUACAACAGAGAUUCUUUUUCUCCAAGUAGUACUGCAAGUAGCAGUGGUUAUAGCAGUUGCUCCUCUACUCCAACUUUAUUAGUGCGCAAGGCAAAACUAGAACCUUUGCCAGAAAUAUCGGAGAUAGUCGAAUCGUUGCCGAUUAUAUCGCCGCACUAUAAACCUAUGCCUUUGAACCAAACAGUUAUGGAUUGCGUGUUUUCUAAUAACGGUAGGCCUCAGAAAAAAGUGUUGUCCGAAGAAGAAGCCUUAGGCCACAGUAUGCAAUCGAAAAAUCUUCGGACGAAAGUUUAUUCAGGUGUAAAAAAUAGCAAGGAAGGUGUCCCGAAGCUUUUCGAUAUGUGUAUUCGCUUACUACAAGAAAAUAUCGAUCUGAUCGAUACAUUUGGUGGGAUUCCGUUUGAUCUUCUAAAACCGGUAAUCGAGAAAGCGACAGCUCAGCAGUUGAUGAAACUGGAACUGUUUAAUCCAUACUUACUGGAAGAUACGGAUAUACUCUGGGAACAGCAUUGCAAGCGUAUGUUUCGAAGUCAAAAACGCAAGGAAGAGGAAUGUGAGUCCUGGCGGGAAAUGUAUAUUCGUUGCUCGGAAGAAAGAGAUGCAAAACUCAUCAGUCUCACACAAAACAUCAAACAGUCUAUAGUGGAAAAAACAGCUCCGGUACGUAAAACCAAGCUAGCUUAUGUGGAUUCAAACGCAAAGCCCCCUCGAAAUGUUCUAAGUAAGCAGGUAAAAUACGGCACUGAUCGAGCUCCCAUAGUAUCACCAGCGGCUAGAGUUGCUGCAUUACAAAAUUCGUCGGCAAAUAUAGCAAAAGUAGGAGAUUCUCGGCUUAAGAUUGCCCCUGGAACAAGAGACAAUGCUCAGGUGCAAGUUUUCCAUCCACUGAAACCAAAAAAAGCGCCGCUGAUGGCCAAGCUAAUGACCUCUAUAAAAGGCUUCAAAACUGGUUUCCGACGGUGAGCUUAUGAGUUAGAUCAAAUUGGCGAGUUUAAGGUCUCGCUGAAAAACUUGGAAAUAAACUAUACAUAUGCUGUAACUGCCUCUUUGUAAAAAAACAUUGAAGGUAACAAAAAAUCGGCAUAAUCACUAAAAAUUGUAUCAUGAAAAAACACUAUUCUCAACCACAGCGAGAUAUUAAACAGACAUUAGUUCGCAUAAUUUGCUAUUGUUGAAAUUGAUAUAUUUAUUUUUAUAAUCUAAAUUAUUAGUUUGUUUUACUGCCCGUAUACAGUUGUAAUUUGUUGAAUAAAACUGAUUAAGUUGUUUAAUACAUUCAAUAUUUGUCAGCCCAUUGACAUCCCGACCCGACAUUUCGCGAAGACAACAUCACUGCAUGCUCUUGCAUUCCGUGAGUUGGAUCCGGUAAAGGAAUGAAAUAUAGGAAGGUGGUAUAAUGUGUCCGGCUUAAGAAUAAACGGAUAUGUAUAUCUCUAUCGUGCUUUCCGGCAUUAACGUUACAACUACGAGUGAAUAUUAUAGAUAGUAGAAUAAACAUAGACCAGUGGAUGCACCUUCUGGCAGACAUGGCAACGAAAAAAACUACAGUGACAUUCCAGAAACAUUGUACAAUUCUCAAGAGUCGCAUGGAAUAUAAUGACGCGAUGCUAUUUGGAUACACGUUUUGGCAGUUUGUUCGCUGAUCUAUGUUUAUUCUACUAUCUAUAAUUGUGUAUGUAUAUUAGUAUUUGAUCUGAUAAUCAUUUGCAACUAUUUAUUUCAGUUAGUAAACACUAAGGUGACCAGGGCUGUCCUGCACUCAGUGGACCUAAAUUGCUUCUUUAACCGUAUCCGUAACAUCUCAAACAAGCAAAAUUCCAAAAUGUUGUAUAUGGGGCAUUUAUAGAGUCAAUUAUUAUCCACAAGAUUGCCGAACUAAGUAUUGCUCUGUCUUAAGUAUUUACGGCGCACUCCCAGUUCAAACUGUGCGAUGCGCAGAGAGCGCUCUUGGUGCACCACCCGGUGUGAGCUGGGAGUGCGCCGUAAAUACUUAAAAUAGAGCAAUACUAAGUUCAGCAAUCUUAUGGAUAAUGAUUAGCUCUAUAAAUGCCCCAUACAUAAUAUUUUCUAAUUUUGCUUGGGUGUUACAGUAAAAUAAGCAAAAUAGAUGCACUGAGUGCAGGACACCCCUAUUUUGGGCCCAUCAGAAGCGGUACAUAAUUUGGGCACUUCCAUUUGAUUUUGCUGUAAGUAUCCAAAUUAUGACAGCUGCUGAUGGGGUCCAAUAUACGUUGGUUACCCUACAAUAUAUUAGAACAAUCUACAAUAUUGUCGAAUAAAAACGCUAGGAAUUAUUUAAUAACGGUACUUAAAUGUUGGAUUUCUCAUUUGCGUGGAGUAAUAUGACAACCUGCAGCAUAAUUCGUCCCAGUCGGUCUUUCGAGUAUUUCUUUCCUUGAUACACUACUCUAUUUUGUAGAAAACAAAACUAGUUGUUUUCAAAAUAUUUUAUUUUAUUGUAAAAUAAACCUAGUUUUGGCCUUCUGGUGCACUUUUUAUUUUCUACAUAGCGACAAAAACAGAGUGGGGCAUAUUGGCUAGGGGAGGCACAUUAUACAAUCUUCCUCUACUGUCACUCACUGCUGCUAUAUAGAAAUGUCAAUGGACUAACAUUAAAUGUUGUAUUUUAUUUGUAAUUAGGUGUAAAUAAUUUUAUUAUUUCUGGUUUACGCUU